AUGCCACGUCCGACUCUCGGCUCGCAAACGUAUAAAGCUACUAUACGCUCGAGCCAAGUCUUCCUCGAAUAUACUACCAUACCUCGGCGUCAAUUACAUUGCCUGGACACCCACCAUGAAGUCAUACUUACUUCCCCUACUUGGGCUCGCUCAUGUUGCCUUGGGCGGAUGUACCCAAAGAAUGGUGCGGUAAAACAGCUGAGUGCAGCAGAAUGGAAGCAAGCAAUGAAUGAAGAGAUUACCGCUAUUACGGCCUUCGUUGCUCCUUGGUGUGGCCAAAGCAGCAGAGUCACUAUCGGGUAUUAUCCCAUUCUAUGCGUGGACUGCGAUGCCCAGGAGAAUAAACAACUUUGUGGAGAACAGGGAGUCAAGGGCUUCCCUACCAUCAAAGGUUUCCCCAGAGGCAAGAAGGGUGUUCCACACGAUUACCAAGGAGAGAGGACGUCUGGCGCAUUGGUCGAUUUUGCAACCAGUGAGGUUCCGUCCCGGGUGAAGACUUUGAGGGGGACACCAGCAAUUCAAUCAUGGGUUAAAUCUACCGAUUCAUCACUACCACAUAUCUUGCUUUUGACACAAAAACCCAAGCUCCCUGUGUUGUGGAAGGUUUUGGGGUGGAGGCAUCAUAAAGACAUUUCGUUUGGAGCCACUAAAGAUGAAAAAGGAGAUAUUAUUAAAGAACUUGGCAUUGAUGCCCCCGCUGAUGGCAAGUCGAAAGUGCUAAUAUGGGCACCUGGGCCACUACUCCUACUCUCUACGAUGUUUGAUCCAUUGCAAAAGUUCUUGAAGACACUUCCAGGGAAAGGCCAUUCUGAGCUUUGA